GACCUAACAUGGCCAACAAGCCCAACAUUCACCCCAUACGACCUCUUCCACCUGGACCGCAAAGCCCCAUACACGAAAGCACGAUACUAUGAACUCGUGAAAAUCUACCACCCGGACCGCUCCUCACCGAGCAGCGGCAGCAGCGGCGCCAGCACCAGCACCAGCAACCAUCAACCACACCCCCUCCUCCAAAACCUCACCCCGGAGGUCCGCAUCCAACGGUACCACCUCCUCGUCGCCGCGCACGAGCUCCUCUCCGACCCCGCCCGACGAGCAGCGUACGACCAAUUCGGCACGGGAUGGAACGUCCACCGCCCGGACCGCCACCACGCUGCCGCUGACGAGCACCCCGAACACGAGGUCCCGCCGUGGGCCCGCCCGGGCUCCAAGGACUACGGGCCCAUCUUCGCCAACGCCACCUGGGAGGACUGGGAGCGGUGGCACAACCGCCACCAAGGGCGGCAGCAGCACAUGGUGGACAACCGGACGUUCAUCUCGUUUGUGGUGCUGCUCACGCUGCUGGGUGGGGCGCUGCAGGCGUCGUGGAUCAGUCAGCUCAGCAGUGGGUAUGAGGAGCGGUUGUGGGAGGUCACGGAGCAGUCGGAGCGGUUCCUGAACGGGCGCCGGGAGAAGUCGGUCGUUGCGGAGCGGGGGAAGGGGCUCGAGGAGAAGGUGCAGCGGUUCUUGUUGGAUCGGGAUCCCACCGGGGUGGGGUUGAAGGGGGAGGAAGGGGAGGUUUAUCGGGGGGUUUUG